UUCUUAUGGGACCAACUAAAAAAAUAGAAAUGAAGCUAAUUGUAGGUGAUUAAGUACAAGUAUGUUGAAAGUAGAAGAGUCCUAGUGGCCAUUAGCACAAUAGCACCCAUAUGUCUUGCUCUCUACGAAAUCAAGUGAAGUUGUAUUGUUUAUUUACAAGUUUGGAACACAAAACCCAAGUAGAGAAACAAGAACAGAGAAGCUGUGAUUUGUAUUUGUAAUUGUAAUUGUAAUUUUGAGCGAACAUUGAACAAUAAUUUGAAUAUGAGCAACAUCGGAACUGGCUACGAUCUCUCCGUCACUACUUUCUCUCCGGAUGGUCGUGUUUUUCAAAUUGAGUAUGCUGCCAAGGCUGUUGACAACAGCGGGACUGUUAUAGGUAUCAAAUGCAAGGAUGGAAUUGUUCUGGGGGUGGAGAAGCUCAUACAAUCGAAGAUGAUGUUGCCGGGUUCCAAUCGAAGAGCUCAUUCCGUUCAUCGUUACACUGGCAUGGCUGUUGCUGGAUUAGCAGCUGAUGGAAGGCAAAUUGUUGCUCGUGCUAAAUCAGAAGCCACAAACUAUGAGAGUGUCUAUGGUGAAGCUAUCCCAGUGAAGGAGCUUGCUGAUCGCGUUGCAAGUUAUGUGCAUCUGUGCACACUCUAUUGGUGGCUCAGACCUUUUGGAUGUGGAGUUAUUCUUGGAGGUUAUGACAGAGAUGGACCUCAAUUAUAUAUGGUUGAACCUUCAGGAAUUUCAUACAGAUAUUUUGGCGCUGCAAUUGGAAAAGGAAAGCAGGCAGCCAAGACGGAAAUUGAGAAGUUGAAGCUUUCUGAAAUGUCUUGUAGAGAAGGGGUCUUUGAAGUAGCCAAGAUCAUAUACAAGGUUCAUGAUGAAGCCAAAGACAAAGCUUUUGAAUUGGAGAUGAGUUGGGUUUGCGAUGAGUCAAAACGGGAGCAUCAAAAGGUUCCUGGUGAUCUUCUAGAAGAAGCCAAAGCUGCUGCAACUGCUGCGCUGGAAGAAAUGGACGCCGACUGAUGUGUAAAUGGAGUUAGAAAUAGAAAAUCGAUGUUUCAUUUUGACGGUUUAGUGGUUCGGUAUUGGCAUGGCAUUGCUGUAGAUGUUUGGCAAUUCUAUGAAGUACUAGUGAGCUUUUAGAGACUAUUUAAACUUUGCCAAUUUGCUUGUAGGUUCACCAAGGAACCAAUUUGCUUGUAUUGGAAAAUCGAAAAGGGCUUACAUGCAGUUAACAGUGAAAAUAUGGCCCGCCAUUGGCUUAAAAUUUUCGAGCUUGUGCAUAUCGAUGUGGAAACUUAGCCAUGUGUUAGGUGUAUAUGCGUAUAUGUAUACAUCCUCGUUGUCGUGGGAAACUCUUCCUCGUAAAUUCUCAAA